AUGGGAUUGGAACAAUCAACUCCUCAGGAGUUAAGGUCAUUUUCAGAUUGGAUACUUCAAAUCGGUGAAGGUCGAUGUGGAACAGUGGUCAAUGAUAAACUUUUUGUUGAUAUUCCUUCUGAUCUAAUCAUUCCUGUCUUGGAAAAUUCAGUGGAAUAUAUUGUAAAUACAAUCUAUCCGAAUUUGAUUCAGAAUUUUCGUGAUCCAAGUUUUUUCCAGGAUAGGGCAAUUUUGGCUCCGACUGUCGAUAAUGUUGAAGAGAUAAAUAAUUAUAUAGUUGACUUGUUGCCUGGGGAGGAGAAAAAUUAUCUCAAUGCUGAUUCGAUAUGUGGUAGUGAUGUCUAUUCUGAUGUUGAUGUUGAUUGGAUAAAUGUUGAAUUCUUGAAUCAAAUUAGGUGUUCUGGUCUAUCUAAUCAUUCGUUGAAGUUGAAAAUAGGCGUGCCUAUUAUUUUGUUGAGGAAUAUUGAUCCAGCUGGGGGUUUGUGUAAUGGGACUCGACUUGUUGUGCGAGAUUUAGGGAGAAAUGUGAUCGGUGCGGAUAUUGUUUCUGGUAGCAAUGUUGGGGAUAAAGUUUUUAUCAAUAGAAUGAAUAUGAUUUCCAGUGAUACGGUUAUACCGUUUAAAUUCCAACGCCGUCAGUUUCCGGUUUCUCUGUCGUUUGCGAUGACAAUAAACAAAAGCCAGGGUCAGACAUUAUCAACAGUUGGUUUGUUCUUGCGUCGUCCUGUGUUUUGUCACGGUCAACUUUAUGUAGCUGUUUCCCGAGUUAGGAAUAGAAAUGGUCUUAAGAUUUUACUUUGUGAUGAUAGAUUAGCUGAUCCUAUCAGGACUGAGAAUGUUGUAUUUACGGAAGUUUUUGAUAAGAUAUAA